GUCCUCUGAAGGACCCUUCAUAAAUCCAACAUGGCGGCGUCCAUACGGCUGUGCUGUGCCCUCCGCGUCACACUCGGAGGAGGCGUUCAGGUGUCCCAGCUGGUGAGUCGAGCUUCGGCUGCCUCUCUGCAGAGAAACCCAGCAGCUGCACUGUUUCCUGCUACGGCGUGGCAGCAGACCAGACACGGCAGCUUCUUCAACAAGUUGACGGCUGAGGAGUUGUGGAAAGGUGUGUUGGCGGAGUCGGGUUCUGGAGCCAGGAAGGGUCGAGGGAAGAGAACCAAACGCAAACUGAAGAGAGACCUGAACCGAGGACAGACCAUCGGAGAGGGUCGUGGUGGGUUUCUGUGGCCCGGUCUGAACGCUCCGGUUAUGAAGGAAGGGACUCUGCAGAGCAUGAGCCGACGAGGGGAGAGUGAGCAGCAGGAGAUGCAGUCUGAACUAGUGCGUCAGAGGGACGAGUGGGAGAGGAAGAGGAAGAUGAAGGUGAAGAGGGAGAGAGGAUGGACGGGGAACUCCUGGGGGGGCAUCAGCCUGGGCGCCCCCGACCCAGGACCCAACGGAGGUAAGCAGGAGCCCACAGACUGUUUGUGGACUCAUGGUUUGAAGCCGUCGCAAUCUUGGAUUCAUUUUAAAGUGACAAAUAAUUGUCUUAUGAUUUUAGAGACUCCUGAUAUUUUGCAUUUGAGGCCUUUAAUCAGGUGUGUGGCAAAGUGUCUGCAGGUGUGUCUUCAGCCUGAUUAGAUCUUCAUUAGAACCCUGAGGAACAGUUGGUUCCUCCUGUUCUCACACUGAUUACUCGUUUACAUCAGCUGACGGUCAGAGGAUCUGUGCUCCUUUAAUUCAGCUUCUGAUUUACUGGUUUCUCUCACAUCCUCAGAUGUUUCCUUUCUGUUGUCGCCAUGCUAACAAGCAAUCACUCCUCCUCCUCUUCUUCCUCUCCCUCCUCCUCUUCUUCCUCUCCCUCCUCUUCCUCUCCCUCCUCCACAAACACUUCCCUAUCUGUCACUCUCACACAAAUGAAUGUGAUGUUCAGAGAGCUGUAACUAGGUUGCUUGUCUCUGAUCAGGUUUAGUUUCUUACAGAUGGCGGACUAAUGUCCCAGCUGUGUGUGUGUGUGUGUGUGUGUGU